AUGACCGGCUUGAUCGGCUUGAAUCGGAUCAGCUGUAGCCCCAACUGGGGGCCUCUCGGCUCGUUGGACGAGGCUCAAUUGAGCGAGUUGCUGCGAGGAGCUGCUGCCGCCCUGGCCGAAUCAGCUGGAGUCCCGAGUCCCAAUCUCCCUGGCGCUGUCGGCAGCGGUGGUGACGGCGCUGGCGGUGGCGUCAAUGAGGCGAAUGCUUUAGCGCCUCGAACUGGUGGCGAGAAUCUGCCUGUUUGGCGUGACAAUCGGGCCUCGAGAGUCCGGCGACUGCGGACUGUGGAAGGCGAAGAGUGGACGGAAAGACAACGCGAAGCGGCAGAGCUGAUGAAAACGGCUGUCGAAAGCCCGGCAGACUAUGGCCGCCUUUUGAGACGGCUUACUUUUGAUCCCGACUGUGUGAGAAAUGGUGACAAGCUGAACGCUUGCAUCUACGUCUUGUGUCCAGGUGAUGACAUCUGA